UUCCCGUCCAGUCUUUAAUUCGUUUCAAGUGAGUUUCCAAAUUUUGUAACUCUCUUUUAUCGGAUCCAUCUUUUGUAGACAUCCAUCAAAGCCACUCUAUAUUUCGUUCUGAUAAAACUAAAUUCCUGACAAGUUCAGGGUUUGGAAAAUAUUUGUACACCAUAGAUCAGUCCUCCUUUAAUCGUAUUGAGGAGUUAGAUGGCAUGAAAUAUCGUAGAUUUCAUUAUGUUAAAGGUUUGUUCUGCUUGUUGGGUUCACGGGUGCAGGACCCUAUUAUUUAUAAUCCAAUUACAAGAAAAAUAAGAUCUCUUCCUUCCCUAAAUUUCCUUGAAAAAGGAACCGUUUAUUGCUAUUCAAUAGGUUUCGAACCAUAUAAGAAGAAGUACAAAAUUUUGACGAUUACACAUGUUGGCAGUGCACCCUUGCGAUACUGGGUUUUCACUCUUAGCUCAAGUGAAUCAUGGAGAGAGAUUAAAAGUGCACUUGAUUGGUUGCACCUGAGUCCGGUUAAUGGAGGAGUUUGCAUUGAUGGAGUUAGCUGUUUCUUCGGUAGUUACAAGGGUAAAGCAUGCAUAGUGGAAUAUAAUGUUAGUACUGAAAAUUUCAGGAUUAUCACCUUGUGGAAAGACGAAUAUUAUAUUCCUACAUUAAAUUAUUAUAACUUGAUAGAACUGGAGGGAAAAUGGGCAGUCAUUGAUCAUUCAAGAAUGGAAAUGGGAGAGAUGGAUUUGUGGAUUUUAGAGAGUUCUGAAGAAUGGGUGAAGAAUACUAUUGCCUUUCCCCAAAUGUAUUUAGGGGCAGAAUACAUGUCUUGCUUUUGUUGUAGUUAUACUCCUAAUGGUGAGAUCGUGUACAUCGUUAACUUCCGGCGCAGACCAAAAUGAAUUUUAUUUUAUGAUUGGAAGAAGAAGAGUUGGAGAGAUAUUGAAAUUAAGGAGAUUACAGAAGAAAUUGAUAUCAUUG